CCUCCACUUCCCAAUAGACAUCUUGCCAUAAUCUCAAUCUCCAGGCUAAACACCAUGGCUUUCAAUAUUUUCUGGGCCUGUGUAAUAAUUGGUUGUAUUUUUGCUUCCAUAGCAAAAGCAUCUAAUAUCUCAGAUGUGUAUCCCCCUCUCUGGAAGGAGAGUCCUGGUCAGUUCAGUGACUACAAGAUAGAAAAUGGAAAGUAUAUCAUCAACUUCUGGCAUUACCCUGAGAGACUGGGGACGUAUAAAAUCCUACUGAACAAGACAGCCAAGUAUUUUGCAAAAUUUUCACCAGAAAAUGAACAAAAUAUUUUAUGGGGACUGCCUGUACAUCAUGGAUGGCAAUAUCAUACAGGCAGAUUAGCUGAUCCUACCCAACAUACAGACUGUGGCCAUAAGUCUGGAGAUCGCCUCUGUAUCUCUGUGGACAGUUGGUGGGCUGACCUUAAUUAUUAUCUCUCUGCAUUGCCCUUCCUUGCUGCGGUUGAUUCUGGCAUAAUGGGGAUAUCAUCAGACAAUGUCACCUUUCUGCCACCAUCCAAGGAUCAGAUGAAUUUUUGUUACAAUGUUUCUAGCUGUCAUUCAUCAUUUCCAGAAGCAAUGAAAAAGUGGAAUGAAUUUUACCAGCAUGUAAAGUCACAUUCUAGUAGCUUUGAUGAACUGUUGGAGUACUUAUGGGCUGCACAUGUCUCAUCUUUGAAGGUUGCUCGUAAAAUUUUUCAGAAUAGAUUAAAAUACUAUUCUAAACAAGAAGCUGACUUUGAAAGAAGCUGGGCUUUAUUUGUGGAUUAUUUAGCUCCACCAAACUUUCCUACGACCUUAAUUAGAACAUAUGAAUUCCAGAAGGAGCUGCCAACACGCAUGUUGGUUAGUGGAGAUCGAGCCCCCUUCAUUAGUGAUUUUAGUGGCUUUCAGAACACAGUCCUGUUUGCUUUGAAUCUUCUCCACAAAGUGCAUAAAUAUACAGUAAUCCUUUGUUCAGCAUCUCGAUGUGCCUCCGUUGCUACCUUGAACAUCUGGAAGAGCCUGUUGGGUCCUCAGACUUGUGCAACCAGAAUGGCAGGAGAGUCAUUACCCAUCGCACCACCCCCAUGUUAAAAAGAUCUUAAUGUGAGACAAGAAUCCAUCAAAAUCCUAGAGAACACAGACUACACCCUUUUUAAACUUGGCCGCAACUUCUUACAACAUACAUCUACGAAGGCAAGGGGAAAAUGAACUAUUGGGACUUAAUCAAGAUAAAAAGGAGUGGUACCUGUCAUGCUGGUAGGAGAACCAUGGGGCAGAAGGACAAAGAAAGGAGAAAAGAUACUCAUCUUAACAACAUGUGUAUAGGGUAACAUUCACAUUUGGAGACUUCUGGUUAAUCUCUAUCAUCUUUCCCACUGACAUCAUUUCCUAUAAGUCACAGGGUUAGAAGAUUCAUAACGCUUUGCAUUUGCUGUCUCUUGGAAGACAGCUUUCAGAUCAGACAAUGGAAGAGUUCAUUUUCUUGUCAUGCCUGUGAGCUGCAUUUGGCUUGAAGCCAUUAUAACCGUCUAUAGCGGAGACUCAACUGUUCAUCCUGUUUCUGAUGGCUGUCAAGGAUGGGCGAGAUUAUUAGGCCAAGAAGUUGUCAGCAUCAAGCUCUUGACUGACAGAAAGUCAUGAUGGUUUAUAGAAAAAAAAGGGGGGUAUAAAAUAUUGUCUUCAUUUAUGGCCUUUCUCACCGAUAUGCAAAACCAAAUCUCAAAAUAAAAUAGCUUUGCUAAUAGCAGCUCUCAAAGUCUGGUGAGAUCAGCAUUCAAUUUUUGAAUAAGAAGUCAGUAAUGAAUUCAGCACUUUCUCCAAGAAGGGUAAGUCAUGUCGGUCAGGAAGUCUCUGAGCAUCGUAGGUCUGCUGAUCCUAUAGAAGGUCUUGAAAGGGCAGAGCUAGAAGACUGGUCAAUUUCCACACUAGCAGACUGUCUUCAGAGUUCACCCCACUUUGAAGCAUGUGACAGGAUUUCACUUCUUUUUAAGGCUGAAUCAUACCGCAUGGUAUGUACCAUAUUUGUUGAGUCCACCUCUCCACGGAUGAACAUUUAUCGCUCCUUUCUCCUUUUGGCUACUGUGAAUAAUGCUACUACGAACGUGCAUGUACAAGUCUCUAUUCAAAUUCCUGCUUUCAGUUCUUUUGAGCAUAUCCCCAGAAGCAGAAUUUCUGGAUUCUAUUGUAAUUGUAUAGCUUAUUCAAGUUUAAAUUUUAAGAAUGAUAUUUCUCUGUUAUUGGCACUGUGGUGCAAUGCGGUCCUGGGGACCUAGAGCAGCAGUGACAGCAAAGAGGGCGGCGGGACCACCUAGGGAGGGCAUCACACUCAUUCGCAGUUGGUGUCUGUGUGAUCUAGCCCACAUAUUACUUCUUCCUCUGAUUGGUUUUUGUCUUAGAAAUUAUAUUAUAUAUACUUAUAUUCUAUGCUAUAUAUGAUUCUUAUUCCCUAAAGAAAAAAUCCAAAAUGAAAUCCAAAAUUAAGAGAUACAC